AUGUUCGUGGAAAGGAAUACACUGGCUAGAACUUUGCAUACAUUGUUUAUCAAAGUUGAAGCCGAGAAGAAACUUUCAUUUCAACGAUUAAAGUGCAUACGCAUUCUAAAACUCAAGGGAGAUAGUAUUGAGAAGUUAGACGAUUCAAUUGGAGGGUUGGUGCAUCUCAGGUAUCUUAAUUUAUCAUCAACGGAGAUACGUGUUCUUCCUGAAUCUAUUGUGGAAGCCUCUUUAUUUUCACAUCUAGAGAACGUCUGUAGCAAGGAGGAAGCUAGCAAGGCAGAUUUAUCUAGCAAGAAAAAUUUAUAUAAUAUUCAUUUCAAAUGGAGCGAGGAUGAGCAAGGCGCCAACCGAAUUGACAAGGAUGUAUUGGAAGGCUUGCAACCCCCUAGAGAUGUAAAAACAUUGACAAUUAAGAAUUUUUCUGGUGAUAAUUUUCCAAAUUGGGUAAUCAAGAUGGUGAUCCACGUCGAAGGGAAAUGGACGCUCCUUGAUAAGCUGAUGGAUAUCAUAUUAUCUGACUAUAGAAGCUGCCUCUCUCUUCCAACGCUUGAGCACCUACCACAUCUACGACAUCUUUGGUUGCAGAAUAUGGACAGAUUGACAUGCUUAAGCACUUUCGAUGGUACUGGAUUAACAAAGCCUUUGCCUCCAUCCUUGACAUCGCUCCUACUAUAUCGCAUGAGAAGAUUGGAAAAGUGGAUAGAUGGAGCACCCAACAGCUCAAAAAUGAUAUAG